GCCGGUGCACACAAGGGUGCGGGACUGCUGGGGAGGCCAGAGAGGGGGGCCCGCAGGGAGUCCCGCCCUGCUCCCCUCCUCACCCGAGCGCCCCUUGCCUUCCAGACCCGCGCGAGCCGGGGAGCAGCAACGCCAGGAUGGAUAUGAACUUGACACGUCCGGACAACGCCACCAUCCUGAUGCUGCGCGACCCGACCAUCGCGGUGGUCCUGCCCGUCGUGUACUCGCUGGUGGCGCUGGUCAGCAUCCCGGGCAACCUCUUCUCCCUGUGGGUCCUCUGCUGCCACAUCGGGCCCAAGUCCCCGUCGGUCAUCUUCAUGAUCAACCUGAGCGUCACGGACCUGAUGCUGGCCAGCGUCCUCCCUUUCCAGAUCUACUACCACUGCAACGGGAACCACUGGGUGUUCGGGGAGCUGCUGUGCAACGUGGUCACCGUGGCCUUCUACGCCAACAUGUACUCGUCCAUCCUCACCAUGACGUGCAUCAGCGUGGAGCGCUUUCUCGGCGUCGUGUACCCGCUGGCCUCCGCGCGCUGGCGCCGGCGCCGCUACGCCGUGGCCGCCUGCGCCUGCGUCUGGCUGCUGCUGCUGGGCGCGCUGUCCCCGCUGGCGCGCACCGACCUCACCUACACCGUGGAGGCGCUGGGCAUCGUCACCUGCUUCGACGUGCUCAAGUCCACCAUGCUGCCCAGCGUGGCCAUGUGGGCCAUCUUCCUCUUCACGCUGUUCAUCGUGCUGUUCUUGAUCCCCUUCGUGGUCACCGUGGCCUGCUACACGGCCACCAUCCUGACGCUGCUGCGCACCUCGGACCCGCACGGCCGCGGCCAGCGGCGCCGCGCCGUGAGCCUGGCCAUCGUGGUGCUGCUGGCCUUCGUCACCUGCUUCGCGCCCAACAACUUCGUGCUGCUGGUGCACAUGGUCAGCCGCCUGUUCCUGGGCGGCAGCUACUACCACGUGUACAAGCUCACGCUCUGCCUCAGCUGCGUAAACAACUGUCUGGACCCCUUCGUGUACUACUUCGCGUCCCGCGAGUUCCAGCUGCGGCUGCGGCGCUACCUGGGCUGCGGGCGGCUGCAGGCCUGCGGCCGGGACGCGCGCAGGGACCCCCUGUUCUCCGCCCGGACGCUGUCGGCGCGCUCCAUGUCCAGCGGCCACUGCGAGGGGCUCGACGGCCCCAGCCGGCCGUGCCUCCAGAGGCAGGAGAGCGUGUUCUGAGCCCCGCACUGCCAGAGUGGGGGCGGGGGUAACGGCUGGAGACGGAGGGGACGGCGCUUCCCCGCCGGCCUGCCUGCGGCUCCUACGGCC